CGCGCACAUAUCCUCUCGCAGAUCCUAACCCCCGACGCUGCGGACCGGCUCGGCCGUAUCCGGCUCGUCAAAGAAUCCCGUGCGACGGACAUCGAGAACCGGCUCAUCAUGCUGGCGCGCACGGGGCAGAUCAGGCAGAAGGUGUCGGAGGACCAGUUGAAGGAUAUCCUCGGCGCGGUCGCGGAGCAGAACGAGAAGGAGGAGCAGCGGAUUGUUGUUAAUAGACGGGGUGGCGGGGGGUGGGAUAGCGACGAGGAGCUGGAGCAGCUUAUGAAGGAUGUUUGA